AUGGUGGUGGUUCGGUUUGGAACUUUAUAUUUGACGCAGUGUUGGAGCGAGCUGGUGCAAAAGGGAGAUGGCACAACAAAAUCGGUGAGAAGAAAAGCUCCGGCACGUAGGAAAAAGUUUCCAAGCAUAAGAGUAAAGAGACAAAAGCAGAAAAAAGUGGAACAAGAAAGGGAAGAAGAGGCGGAUGAAGAAGAGGAGGAAGAAGAUGAGAAGGAACAAGACAAGGGAGAAGAGGACAAUGAAGUAGAGGAGGAGGAAGAAGAAGAGAACAAUGGAGCAAGAAACAAAGAAUAUUACAUUGAGACCUCUGAUACUGAUGAAGGAUUUGAUGAGGAAACUGCUAAAGAACUUCAAGGUCAAAUAGAGCAGGAUUAUGACAUUGGUUCAAUGAUAAGAGACAAAAUCAUUCCACAUGCAGUGUCAUGGUUUACUAGGGUAGCUCUUCAGGAUGAGUUUGAAGAUAUAGAAGAUGACGAUGGUGAUGUAGAUGAGAAUGAAGACGAUGACGAGGAUGAAGAUGAAGAGGACGAUGAGGAUGAUGACGAAGAUGGUGAGGAAGAUGAAGAGGAAGAGGAAGAGAAGGGAAGGAAAAAGCCAUCUACUGGUGCUAAGAAAAGAGGUAAGGCACAAGGAGUAGAAGGUGGUGAGCGUCCUUCAGAGUGCAAGCGGCAGUAGUGACAAUCGAUUUGCAUAGAUGAGCUUUUGUAGGUGUCUUGUUUCUCGAGAGUUCAGUGCUUGAUAUUCAGCCUUGGUAGUGUUGGGGAAAAUCAUUGUUCAUUACCUCCAAGUGAAUCGGUUUUAUUGAUUUUUUUUUUUGGAUGUUUUGGGUUAGCCAGUGCUAUCUUAUGUGUAUCGAAACCAACCUAAGUAUAUUCAUAUUUAUUUUCAGAAAAAAAAAAAACAA